UAUAGUUUCAAUAUCAGACGCCUCGGCCAAUAGGACAUCUGGGUGACAAAUUUGAUGAACUCAUUGAAUUCUAGUAAAUGAGAAGCUGGUGAUAUCAGUUCCUUCGAAAAGACAAGAGAGAACCAGAAACAAAAAAAAAAUUUUUAUGUAGCUCUGUUGGUCAAUCAUGGACAAAAACACCUCAUUUAAUACUUCCUAAAGCUCUUCAUCACCUUCGUUUAGCUGUUGCGUGGAAAAUACAACUUAAAUCUACACGUGGAAGCUGACCUUUUCGAGAUUUUUUUUACAACCGAUUAUCUACGCAAAUCACACCCACACAGCUUCCUUAAAACUAUAUAAAUCAGACUGAUCCUGCAGUCAAACCAUCUUCGACCACCACAGCGACAUGCACAUCAUCAGCAUGCUCUUCUUACCGGUGCUGUUCCUGCUCUCCUCCGGUGUCCUCCGCGGUGCCUCCGCGGUGGAAUCCGUUCCAACCUUUGAGCACCGAGACUCCUCCACCGGUGAAACCCUCGUGUGUAACAAGUGUCCACCGGGCACGCACAUGGCCUCGUACUGCACCCCCACCACGCCCACCGUGUGCGUGCCGUGCAGGAGCCAGCACUUCACCGAGCUGUGGAACUACCUGCCCAAGUGUCUGUACUGCUACAACUUCUGCACCGAGAACCAGGAGGUGGAGACGGAGUGCACGGCGACCAGCAACCGGGUCUGUCGGUGCAAAGAGGGCUUCUACCUGACUGCAGACUUCUGCAGGAGACAGUCGGAGUGUGGGCCAGGACAAGGUGUCCAAACCAUAGGUACGCCACAGACGAACACUGUUUGUGAAACGUGUUCCAAUGGCUACUUCUCUACCUCAUCCUCUGCGCUGGAGUCGUGCGUGAAACAACAGGAAUGUGCAACCGGACAGAUUGCGCUCCUGUCCGGCUCAACUAGCCACGACACGAUGUGUGGCUCCUGCGAGGAUCUUGCAAAUGGAGGUGAGACUCUCAAGACAUUCUUCUCAGGAUUCUUCAGAAUGCACAGGAUGCGUGUGGUAAAAAUGAAGAGAUUUGUUGCCAGGUACAUUCAUAAGUCAGGGGAUGGGACUCUCCCCAAACAGAGAGGUCCUCUCCUGGAUCAUAUCAUAGCCUGGGUGGCCCAGGCUCCAGAGGAGCAGCUGAGAGCACUACCAACGAUGCUGAAGGAUUCAGAGCUCUGCUCCAUCACAGAAAAACUAGAGAAGAUUGUCGAUGACAUCAAGCAGCAGAGCCCAAACUGUACUUUAACUCUCUGAGAUGUUUAGAUAUAGACUGACAGACUCCAUGGUAAAUAGAUACAACAGAUAUACCUCUUUCUCUUAUUUGGCAUUUUUUGCCCAUUUGAAAACAAGUAAUUUCACACAUUUUUCAUUUGCAUGUCAAUUGGGAGUGCAUACACUGCCUAAAAGGUUGACCUAGUGAUGUUUCAUGAUGUUAUAUUUGCUACUAUUUAGAAGCAGUGACAUGUGGAGACACAUGAGCAGCAUCACAGACAGUGAUGCCGUCCAAUUUCCCUUCAGCUGUGUUACUUCAGUUACCAAAAUGUAAGAAUCUGGAUACUAAAUGAAGGCUGCCAUAAACAAAAUGUUAAAAAAAAUGCUUAUAAACUGCCCAUCUGUCAUGCCUUUAGUGUUGUUUGUGUAUCUUAAACUUAGGUCAGACUGUUUACUUCAGAUUUAUGUGACUAACUGUCCAAACUUGAGAGAAACAAAUGUGAAAUAUCUUGAAUGUCACAUAAUAGGUAAUACAUAUAAAUGUAUGUUUAAACGUUAUCAUAGAAAUGUAUGAAGUUCUGUAAAAUUACGUGAUAUCAAACUGAAAGCUUUUACAUGUCACGUGCAGCAAGCAGCUAAAUAAAGUUUACGAGUAUGUUUGUCA